UAUAUUAAGCUGCUAGGUUUACGUGACAGUAACUUGUUUACUGUAGAAGGAUUAACGUUUUUUAGAAUAUUGGGUGAACAUUUACAUAAUUCAGAGAAUGUCAACAUUUUAUUAUUUUGCUUUCGGAAGUAACUUGUUGAAGGAGUGUUUCCAGUUGGCAAAUCCAAGUGCUAUCUUCAUUAGCACAGCAAAACUAAAGGACCAUGCCUUAGCUUUUAACAGUAUCGGUAUGGAUACGCGGUCAAGUCUGUGGAAAGGAGGUGCAGCCACCAUUGUAGAUCGCCCUGAACAGGAAGUAUGGGGCUGCGUGUGGAGACUGGACACCAAACACAGGGAAUCACUCGAUAAGCAGGAGUUUUGUUACCGUGUGAAAGAUGUGGAUGUGGUUACCCCUGACAAUGCAAAGUUCACGUGCAUUACCUACUUCCUACCCGACCACUACUUCGACUUGAAAGAGUUCGACCACCGACCUUCUCCAAUGUACCUUGAUGUGAUCAUCCGAGGAGCAAGACAACACAAGCUACCGGACACCUAUCUGCAAGCGCUAGAGUCAAUCGAACACAACGGUCAUCACGAUAAUGAGCUGGAAAUUUAUGUCAGUAUUUUGAAACUAUUGCCGGACGAAAACCAGUCUGUUCAGUCGACCAAGGAAAUCGAUGAUAACCACCACCAUCUCAGUGUUUUGGACCACAAAGCGACGAUGUCAUUCUUUCAGGAAUAGGACAGCCAUUGGAUAAAUAAUUAUAUAAUAGUUGACUGGCACUCGCAAAUGUGAUAAUGUAGUGUUAUAAAGGUAAUAUAGUUACAUUUCACACAUCUGCGUUGACAUGAAGAACUAUUUAAAAGUUGAAGACGUUUUAGUGCUUUACAUUGUAUGCUUAAGAUAGUACCGCAACGGUUUCAAACUGUGUACAAAGGCAAAGUUAUUUAUUUCAUUUGAUGUGACAUUAAAUUUGAUGCCUUCACCUUAAUAAAAAAUCUAACAGAA